AUGUUAGAUGUAAGUAGUGACUGGUCAGUCGAAGAUCCACUGCCAAAAAGAUUAUCGGGUCACUUAAAUAAGGUUGAACAGCGUACCAUUGGUGGGGCAUGUAGGCGUCGUUACUGGUUUGUUUUAUCUGAUGAUUCACCCUAUUUGUAUUGGUACAAAAAUAAGGGAGAUAUCAAUUGCACUGGACGAGUACCACUUUCGGGUGCUGCUUUCACAUUUGAUCCCCGUGAAACUGGCAGAUUUGAGAUACACGUGAAUGAUGAAGUACAUGUCUUUGAAACAGGCAGCAACAAGUCGCGUGUUCAGUGGUUGCAACAACUUCAAAGCAAUCGUCGACGACAUUAUGAAAAAGAAAGUGUUGACAAUAUACUAAAAGUUGACAUUGUGUCUCUCUCUUCUCAUUCUUUUUCUGAUAAUGAUCGUUGUGAAGACAUGGAGUCCCCCUCUAAUACUGAAGUGGCAAUUAUGGAGGAAGAGAAAGAUACAGUGGUAAUCGGUCUUCCAGAUGAAAAGCCACGGAAAGAGGAAAUAGAUAGUACUACUCAGUCAGUAUUUUAUCUUGAUUCGUAUGGUGAACUGAACGCAAAAAGUUUGGAAACACCGACUCAACUCCCCACUUGUACAGACGUUUUAAAAAAUGUAGAAGAAAUGAUUGGAAAAAUAGCAGACGAAACUCAGGCAAAAGCCAGAGUGUUCGAACAACCUGCUAAGAAAGUAAUUGGCAAAGCAAAAGCUACAUUACGUCUGUCUGCUUCGUUGCGAUCUCCUUGUGAAAACUGUAAAGUUUUACUGAGAAUUGUGAACGACCUCAAAGAACGAUGUUAUGAGCUUACUGAUGAAAUUGGAGCUAAUCGAGAUUUGGUCACAAUUUUGCGGCAGAGUUUGUUCAAAUCAGAUCGUCAAAUCGAACUUCUAAAACGAAUGGAGGAGUUGAAGACACCUCAGGACAGGAUUAAUUUAAUCUUGGAAAAAGAAAGUGAAUUAACCGCUUCACAGCUGAAUGCAGCUUCUUAUAGUCGAGAGAUUCGAUUUUUACAAGAGCAGAAUCAGAAAUAUGAACAGAAAAUUGAGGAAUUGAAUGCUGAAAUAGAUGCAUUUCGUGAGUCCGUUCGUUCUAAAGAAGAGCUUAUUCUAAGAAUGUAUGACGAGCAGGAAGGAAACAUUUUUGGUCAUUCAGAAAUUGACAAUGUUGAAGUGCCGGAAGGUAUAUUAGUUGACGUUGGCAAUAGUUCAGCUGAUAAAAAUGCACAAAGAGUGUUUGAUGAGGCAGCUGUUAAUGAUAUCAUCGAGAUGCGAGAUCUUGUCUUGGGGUAUCGAAGUCAGAAUAUGUUCUUGAAUCAGGAGGUUCUAGAGCUUCAAAAAAUUGUUCAGAGCCUAGAAGAUAGGGAGCGUCGAAUAACGCGGCAGAACUUUGACAUUGAAGCAUGCUAUUACCAACUUAAAAGCAGAUAUAUUAUGGUGCUCAACCAUUUCAAAGCAGCAAAAACUAACAGUAGAGUUUUGGAGCCAGGGGUGAUCGAAGCUCUUAUUGAUGAAGCCAAUUGGACUACAAACAGGAGAACAUUAGAUAAUGAUAAAGUAGAUAGUAAGGAACACAAAACUCAGUUUUUUGCAGCAAGACUGACUGACUCUCUUGGAUUUUAUUUGAAUGACGAACGAAAGCAUCAUUUAGAAACUAGUGAUAUGUUUGAAGUUGCUGCGCAAUUGAAGAAUAAAAGUGAUAAAAUCGUUGGUCAGCAAGAAAUGGAACAAAACCCGCAAUACAUUGAUUGGCUACAAAGAUGGGACAGUUUUUUGGUGAAUUCUGCAAUACGUCCAUUGAAACCUACUUCUGAAUUGAAAAACUUAGUGAGAACGGGUAUUCCUAAAACGUACCGUCCACGAGUUUGGAAAAGUUUUAUUGGGUACGUUGUUGAUGACCAGAAAGCAGAUCUUGGUAAUGGUUAUUACGAAACUCUUCUUCGGAAGGUAAAUGCUGCUGACAGUGACACUAUAGAAAAUGAUAGUGCUCUUAGACAGAUUGAUUUGGAUUUAACUCGGACAUUACCCACCAAUAAAUUUUUUGAUGAGCCAAGUUCACAAAAAAUAGUUGUUCUACGGCGUGUACUUUAUGCAUAUCGUUUUCAUAACAAAUCCGUUGGAUAUUGUCAAGGAUUAAAUCGCCUUGCCGCAGUCGCUUUACUAUUUCUUGAGGAAUCUGAUGCAUUUUGGUUCUUAGUUGCAUGUAUUGAGCAUCUUCAACCUACUGCAUACUAUACUUCCUCACUGAAUUGUGCUGUUGCUGAUCAGAAAGUGCUUCGUGACCUAGUGAAUGAAAAACUUCCAAAAUUAUCGUAUCAUUUGAGACGGUUUGAGGUGGAUCUCUCAGCAUUUACGCUUAGCUGGUUCCUCACUUGUUUUGUGGACAUGUUUCCGCAUACUAUUUAUUUGAACUUAUUCGAUGUCUUUCUUUAUGAAGGAAAUAAGGUUCUUUUCCGCUUUGCUCUGGCUGUUUUAAAACUUGCUGAAAAUUCAGUGUUGGAAUGCAAAUCUGUUGGAGCGGUGCACGCAUCGCUUAGUAAAGUAGCACAGCAUGUACCAGAUUUUAAGACGCUAGCACGGGUUGCAUUCAAUGAUUUAAAUCCAUUCCCACAAAAAGGAAUCGAAACAAAGCGUCAGUUUUAUCUCAGCCAAUUAACAGUAAGCUAG